UCCCCUUAGUUGACCGCCGGCCCGGGCAUCUCAUUUUUCCCGCAAAUUUGGACUCUUAUAAAAACCAAACGUGAACCAUAAUCCAAACCACCAAACUCUCUCUCUCUCUCUCUCUCUCUCUCUCUCUCUCUCUCUGAGACUCUGUGUUUGUUAGUUAACGGGUCUAUUCUCGCUUCUUGGCGAUUUCUUGGAGGUUUUUGGAAUCUCGGAAGAUCGGUCGGUGAAACGACGUCGUGGAGAGGGAUCGCGAUGGUGGAGGAAGAAGGAACGGCGAGGCGGCUCUGGAUCAAGUUCCGAAACGAUUCUGUUUUCGCCCUCUACACACCCUUCUUCGUGUGUCUGGCCUCCGGCCAACUCCACUCCGAGACCUUUCGCCGUUGCGUCUCUCAGGACGUCCCUUUCCUCAAGGCCUUCGCUCAGGCGUACCAAAUGGCGGAGGACUGCGCAGACGAUGACGACGACAAGAGCGCAAUACGCGACUUGAGGAAACGCGUGGUGCAGAGGCUUAAGGCGCACGAUACUCUCGUCCGAGAAUGGGGCUUUGAACCCCCAGAUGAGAGCAUUUCCGACAAUGCAAGAGUAAAAUACAUAGAGUUCUUAUUGGCUGCUGCCUCAGGGAGAGUCGAAGGAGAAACAGUUCCUGAUAAAAUUGCAACUCCUUUUGAGAGGACAAAAGUUGCUGCUUAUACUCUUGGUGCUAUGGCACCUUGUAUGAGGCUCUAUUCCUUUAUAAGUAGGGAGAUCCAGGCUCUUCUACAUCCAGAUGAUAGCGGUCACAUUUACAAGAAAUGGAUUGAAAGUUAUUCUUCUCAAACUUUUGAGGCAUUUGCUUUGCAAAUUGAAGAUAUGCUGGAUAAACUUAGCAUUUCUUUGACAGGUGAAGAGCUUGAAGUCAUAGAAAAGCUAUAUCAUCAAGCUCUUAAACUUGAAGUGGAUUUUUUCGCUACUCAGCCAACUACUCAGCACACUAUAGUCCCCCUGGCUCUUGUGCAUGACCCUGCGGAACAUCAUCUUAACAUAUUUUGUGACUUUGACUUAACAUGCGCUGCUUUUGAUUCCGCUGCUAUAUUAGCAGAGAUUGCAAUCAUAACAGCACCGAAGGCUGAUUCAGAUGGAUCUGAAAACCAACUUAUUCGAAUGUCAUCAGCUGACUUGAGGAGCACAUGGGUUGCUCUUUCCACCCAGUAUACUGAAGAGUAUGAACAAUGCAUAGAAAGCAUGACAGAUGGCAGAAAAGUGGAACAUUUUGAUUAUGAAGGUCUGCGUAAAGCCCUUGAACAAGUUGCAAAUUUUGAGAGAGAAGCAAAUACAAGGGUGAUUAACUCAGGAGUGCUUAAAGGUUUAAAUCUUGAUGAUAUAAGGCGGGCUGGCCAGCGUCUCAUUCUUCAAGAAGGUUGUAGAGGGUUCUUUCAGAAGAUUGUGAAAAAUGAUACUCUGAAGACUGAAGUUCAUGUUCUCUCAUACUGUUGGUGUGGUGAUCUCAUUAGGUCAGCUUUCUCAUCAGGGGAUCUAGAUGAGCUAAAAGUCCAUUCAAAUGAGCUUAGUUUUGAAGAAUCAGUCUCUACGGGUGACAUUGCUAAGAAAAUUGAGUCUCCCAUGGAAAAGCUUCAAGCCUUCAGUGACAUUCUAAACGAUUGCAACAGCAAAGGGAAGCGCUUGACAGUUUACAUCGGUGGCGAUGUGGGCGACUUCCUUUGCCUGCUUCAAGCAGAUGUGGGCAUUGUAAUUGGUUCAAGUUCAAGCCUAAGGAGACUGGGAGAACACUUUGGUGUUUCUUUUGUCCCAUUGUUCUCCGGUUUGGUGAAGAAACAGGGAGAACUCGUUGAAGAUGGCUCCUGUAUUUGGAAAGGGCUAUCUGGCAUUCUUUAUACAGUCUCAAGUUGGGCUGAGAUACACGCAUUUCUUUUGGGAUCAUAAAACCUCUCUAGCUCUCUCUUUCGUGUUUUGUUAUUGUUAGAAAAAUUCCCAAGAGAAAUUCAUUGCACAGUAGGACAUACAUAGAGUAGAAAUGGUGGCUACUUUUAUCCAAGGACCACAGGUCGGCCCUUAGUCUUUUUUUCUUCAGGGUCUACCACCCAGAAAUAUACAGAAGUUUUCCUAGAGUAAAAAAAAUAUUCUAGGAAUAGAGUCAGAUUACUCAUAAGAAUCUCUCCUUUUUCUUUUUCUUUUUCUUUUUUCAUUCAUCUCAUGUAUUCACCUUCACUGUUGUAUGUGACUUGGAAGCUUCAAACUGUUAAUCAUGAUGAAGAUUUCAGUAGCAA